AUGAAAAUAAACUAUAAUUUAGUAAUAGUUAUUUUUUCAAUAUCUAUAUAUCUGUUAUAUAUAUCAAUUUCAGUGAGAAGUCACCCCAAUAAUAAUAAUAAUAUAAUACAAAACCAACCAAAUUCAUUAUAUAAUAACAAUAAUAAAAUUAAAAAAACAAGUAGCAGUAGCAGCAGUAGUAACACUCGCACCAAAGAUGGAAAAACUGAACAUCAUAGCGAAUCAACUCAAUGUAUAGAUAAUGUUUGUAAGACUGUUAGACAUUCUUCAAAUCCAAAUAAUAACAACAAUAAUAAUAAUAAUAAUAAUCAAAACGAAAAUCAAUAUAAAAAUGAACAACAAAAUGACAAUAAUAAUAUAAAUAAUAUAAAUAAUAAUAUAAAUAAUAAUAUAAAUGAAGAUAGUGAAGAAUCAUAUUCUGAAUCAAAUAGUUAUUAUUCAGCAUCACAACAUAUAAAUGGAGUAGACUAUUAUUAUACGAAUAAUAAUGGUGUAGAGUCAUUGGAUAUUAAAGGAAAGGAUCCAAGUGAACUUAGUAUUUAUGAAAAGGAAUCGAUAUUAAGGGAUUUUAGAUCAAGAUUAGGUAUAGAGUAUACAUUAGAUACAACUAGUAAUUAUAAUUAUGAUGUUGGUUUCCUUUCAAAUUGGUAUUACUUUUUUUCUUCACAAUUUAGAGAUAUCUUUAUUCAACCUACUCUAACUCACAAGUAUAAAGAUUAUGAACUUAGUAGUAGUAGUGGUGAUGGUGGUAUUAUUGAUAGUAGUAGUUCUUCAUCAUCAUCAUCAUCAUCGAGCAACAACAACAACAACAACAACAACAACAACCACCACCACCACCACCAACAUAAUAAUAAUAAUGGUUUAAAGUAUAUGACAUAUCAACAAACUGAAGUCGAUAAAAUUAUGGAUGAACUUUAUAUGUUUGAUCAACAAGAAAUUGAAUUAAAGAAAAGAGUAUCUGAUAUCAGUACUUAUUAUAAACAAAUUGAAUUGGGUACAAUUAAAUUAAUUCCAACCAUUGAUGAAUUGGCUGAUAUUGAAAGUGAACGUUUAUUCCUUUUAGAGAAACGUCUAAAGAGAGCAAGAGCUAAAUUACUUAGUAAAAAAGAAUUAUUAACUUCAAUUCAACAAGAUUUUGAAAGAGCAAAUUAUUAUCAAAAAAUUGAACAACAACAACAACAACAACAACAACAACAACAACAACAACAACAACAACAACAACAACAACAACAACAACAACAACAACAACAACAACAACAACAACAACAACAACAACAACAACAACAACAACAACAACAACAACAACAACAAAAUCAACAACACCAACAAAUACAACAAAGCCAACAAUCUAAACAAAUACAGCAACAAGUACAACAACAACAUCAACAAAAUAUGCAACAACAUCAACAAAAUAUGCAACAACACCAACAAAAUAUGCAACAACAUAAAAUUGAACAACAGUCAAACUAA